AUGCCUCUACAUACGGAACCACUAGACCAAGAAGACCAAGAUGCUAUAAUUUUAGAUGCAAGAGCCGGUGAUUUAGAGUCUUUGAGAGAAAUUUUCACCACGCUGGUUUCGCCCACACUAGUUACAACCUGCAGAGAUUCAUUGUCUAAGUCAACACCUCUUCACAUGGCGGCCGCAAAUGAUCACCCUGACGUGAUCAUAUAUUUAAUGUCAUUAGUGCCAGCUGAUCAGCAAAAGAAGUGGGUUGAUGCCCAAAAUGAAACAGGAAAUACUGCACUUCAUUGGGCUUCUCUCAAUGGAAAUCUAGAAUGCGUUAAGCUUCUCUGUGACGAAUACAAUGCAGAUCCCUUUAUAAGAAACUCAUUUGAGCAUGAUGCUAUUUUCGAAGCCGAACAGAAUGGCCGAGAUGAAGUUGAAACAUUUUAUCUAAAGAAGUACGACGUCGAACCUGAACAAUACGACGAGGCGAAUGACGAAACAACAACUCAAAGUGUUCAGAUAAAAGAAGGCACAGAGAUUGAACAAGUAACUAAAGAUGCUACGGAAGCUUUGAGACAGAAGACUCAAGAAUUAGAUUUGUCUUGA